CCAUCAUUCCCUGGUGACGUUAUCCCAGGGAGGCGGAAACAGGAAAGUUUGUUAUUAUAUUUUACAGCAGAAGCAAAUUUGUGGCCAAAGAUGCCACUUAAAACACACAGAGGUUAAGAGUAUCGUGGAUUUGGGGUCAAACGACGCUAGGGAACAUUAAGGACGGACCUUCAGAAGUGGACUGGUCCCAUCAGCCGUGCGUACUUGUGUUUUGGCGUGACCUGCGACUGGUAGAUGGCUUAAGGCUGGUCAACAUGGACUUCUACUGGUACAUAAUCCUGUUUGUGGCGAUAAUCCUGAAGAUCCUGUUCUACCUGUGCUGGUUUUACUCCCGGCAGCGGCGGCUGGCAGCCGGGCCUGAGCUUGCCCAUGGCCCCACUCCGGGAGGAACGCUGUCCCGACCGCCCCCCUAUCCCGGCAUGGACGGACAGGACCCCCCCGCCGGCCCAGUGGGCAGUUUCCCCGAGCCGCCCCCCUACUGUGAGCUGGAGGAGCAUGAUGGGAAGCCUCCGCCUUACCACGCCGUCGUCGCUCUGAAGGAAGCACAGGCUCUACAGUCCCAGCAUGCACUGCUGCAGGAUGAUGCACCGGUAUCCCAUGAUCCUCCACCUGACCCAUCACCACAGAUGUCCCAGAAUGCACAUGUUCAAGUGGUUACCACGACAACAGGAGUGAUUGACAACAACCCUCCGUGCUAGCUGGGUUACCAUGG